GCUGCUGCCGCUGUGUUCGCAUCAUGAAUGUGUGUGACAGGGAUGGUGAUGAUUUGAGCAACGGUUUAGAGGAUGUUCCUGUUUUAUGUGAGGAGCUGGUAUUUCCUAUAUUUCAGUAUUGCCCAGAUAACGUUCAGGGACCAGGAUGUACCGUAGACCCCAGCGAGGUGGUCCUUCCUGGAUGCACCUGCCUGUCCCAUUCCUGCUGCACCGAGAACUGCUCCUGCCUCCGGACGUAUGGCCGGGCGUACGGCGGCACCGGCGCGCUGCUGGACCUCAACAGGACACAACACGGUUACAGCUCACCUGUAUUUGAGUGUAACGCCCUUUGCACCUGCAGUGACGCCUGCUCUAACCGGGUGGUGCAGAGGGGGCUGCAGCUCAGGCUAGAGGUCUUCAGCACCAGGGACAGGGGCUGGGGGGCUCGGACACUAGAGAAAAUCCCACGUGGGACAUUUGUGUGUGAGUAUGCUGGGGAGGUGAUCAGUUUUGAGGAGGCCAGGCGCAGACAGCUCGCCCAGAGAUCCGAAGAAAAUAAUUACAUUAUAGCAGUGAGGGAGCAUGCAGGGACGGGCUCCGUCACAGAGACGUUUGUGGACCCGGCCCAGGUGGGAAACGUAGGCCGCUUUCUCAACCAUUCCUGCCUGCCCAACCUCUUCAUGUUACCAGUGCGUGUGCAUUCUGUCAUUCCUCGGCUGGCGCUGUUUGCUGGACGGGACAUCGAAGCUCAGGAGGAGCUGACGUUCGACUACUCAGGAGGAUACACGAACCGAGGACCUGCAGAGAAGAUGUCCACGCAGAGCGACGCCGCUGCACAGGCCAGUAGGACAGAUGGAGUCCAGAGGAAAGCAUGCCGCUGUGGGGCCAACAGCUGCACACACUUCCUUCCACUGGACUUAUCUGUUCUCAGCUGAAAUGACCACUGUUUUUAUGUGAACUUUAAGA